UGAUGUGGAUCGUAAGUCAGUGUGUGGUGGCGCGACUUGCGCUUCUCGAAGCGUAAAUAAAACCGAUGAAUGUGAGCUACCGUGCUGGAGAGCAUUUAUAUUUUAGUCGAUAUGAAAAUUACUUUUUACACGAUAAAGUCGAGAUUAACGCAAAUGAAACUAUUUCUAAAUUACAAAAUAUUCGCUAUUUUAGCGUUAUUAUUUUUCCUAUGUGCUUAUAGUGAAGGGGGAUGGGGUGCACAAUGCUGGAAGAAACACAAUUCUGGUUCAAUACAAACUCCUGAUGGUGAAUUUAAACGUCCCUUUGGAAUUCUCUGUACAUAUCAGUGCUUCCUUUGGUUUACUCCUAUAUUUCCUCAUUGUGAGUUUAUAUUCGAGUUACGUCUCUCCAAACAUUUCACAUCGUUUCCGGAUUGUUAUGCCAUUCGCUGCAACGAAACAUUUACAUUUUUAUAGUGAUAAAUAAAUAUAAUAUAUAAAUUAAAA